CGUCGUUUGAACGAACUGCUCAGUCCACUGUCGAACGCGAAGCCAUGAGAAGCAUCCUCAGCAAGCGGCUGCUCGAUCUAAGCCCGGAAGAUAAACAGCGGUUCGUUGACUCAUUCGAUUACGUAUUAACUGAUUGCGAUGGUGUAGUGUGGAAUACGUAUGGACCAACCGAAGGAGCAGGAGAUGCUAUCAGCGAGCUGAAGGGCUGCGGAAAACAUUUGGUCUACGUUUCUAACAACAGCGUUAGAUCGCUGGAGAAUUAUCAGGAACAGGUGCGCAAUCUAGGCCAUGAAGUUGCUGAAGAAGAUGUGAUAACUCCAGUUUUCAGUGUAGUCAAAUACUUGAAGUCGAUAGAGUUCCAAGGAUUAAUCUACGGGAUUGGAUCAGUAGAAUUUUUAAAAGUAUUGCAGGAUGCAGGCUAUGAGGUGAUUAGUGGGCCCAACGAACCAAUGCCCGAAAUGAUUCGGCUUAUCGCUCCCGUAAUUUAUGAUAAGAAACCAGUGAAGGCGGUGAUAAUAGACUUCGAUUAUAACUGCAACAACAUCAAACUCUUGAGAGCACAGAUGUAUCUGAAAGGGAAUCCAGAUUGUAUGUUAAUUGCAGGACCAACCGAUUACACUGUAGCAGUCUCAACUGGUUUUCAAAUUCUUGGUCCAGGUUAUUAUGUUGAUAUACUGGAAAAAUCCACUGGGAGGAAAGCCACUAUUUUAGGAAAACCUGGGCAUCUGUUAGGUGAGAUGCUGAAGAAACAGUAUCAUAUAAAGGAUUCUCGAAGAGGGUUGUUCGUGGGAGAUAUGAUCGCACAGGAUGUAGCUGUCGGAAAGGUUGCUGGCUUUCAAACGCUGCUUGUAUUGACUGGUGGAGCGAAACUGUCCGACGUUGAGCAAUUGAAGGACGGUGAUGCAAUUCCUGAUUAUUACACGGAGAGCUUUGCUGACUUGGGUCAAGUGGUGAAAGAGGUACAGUCUUUCAAGAACAAAUCAAAUUUGUAAUUUCAUUUUAAAGAAAUUAAAAGCUACAAGAAUAUUUAACUGGAA